AUGGGAACCACAAUCGUCCCGGCUAAAGAAAAGCAAUCCAUGUGGGUCUCUUUGGUUGCCGGAGGAGUUGCUGGCGGCGUAGAAGCAGCAGUGACUUAUCCAUUCGAAUAUGCCAAAACCCGCGUUCAACUGCUACAGACCAGCACAGUUGCGACUCCAUCAAACCCUCUCCGACUGAUAUUGCAUGUCGCUAAACAGGAGGGAAUCGGUUAUUUAUAUACCGGAUGUUCCACGCUUAUCCUCGGUACCACCGCCAAAGCGGCAGUUCGGUUCGUCUCUUACGAUACCAUUAAGAACACUUUAGCGGAUGAGUCUGGGGCGCUGUCUCCGGGACGCGGCAUUCUAGCAGGUGUCGUCGCUGGUGGCAUGGAAAGCGUGUUGGCAGUGACUCCGACGGAAAGGAUCAAAACGGCAUUAAUCGAUGAUGCAAAAAAUGCCAGACAGUUCAGGUCCAGCAUGCACGCUGGACAGGUGUUAGUCCGAACGCACGGAGUCAGCGAACUGUACCGCGGCCUUGUUUCCACCACACUCAAGCAAUCAGCCACUUCCGCAGUGCGAAUGGGCACCUACAAUAUCCUCAAAGAAGUGGUCAGAGCUCGGGAAAUCAAACCGAGUGUCUUGACUACCUUUGGAAUGGGGGCCCUAGCGGGUGUCGUUACCGUAUAUGCGACACAGCCGCUUGACUCGAUUAAAACUCGGGCACAGUCUGCCCAGGGUGCAAGUUUCGCAGAGGCAGUCUGGAGCGUGGUCCGUGAUCACGGAUUGCGAGGGUUCUGGAAAGGCAGCACUAUGCGAUUAGGGAGGCUGCUGCUAAGUGGUGGCAUUGUGUUUUCAGUUUAUGAGGAAAUGGCAUCUAUUCUAUGCGCUUUGGGUAGUCGAUAG